GUCCUGGCCUGAAUUUCCACCCCCAAUGGAAACGCUCAAGAAGGGGAGGCCCAUCUCCUGACUGGCUGCCGGGCAUGGGACAGCUCUCCUUGAUGCGACUGAGCCCUUUUUGAAGGGAUGUGACAAAGGAGGAAGUACUGUGGGCAGCUGCCUGUUCCUGGAUGACCGUCUGUGGCUCCGACACUGUUGUGUUCCCUCACACACAGACAUCGCCGUGAUUCAGGUAGCUGAAAGAGGCAAAGCAAAGAUGGCAGAGACCACGCUGAGCUCCACAGUCUCCAUCCUUGUGAAGUCUUUGUUAGGAAAUAUUGUUUCUGUGCCAGUCUCUUUGGACGACACGGUGCUGGACCUAAAGACGAAGCUAUUUGCACUGGAUAGCUAUUUCUACCCUUCUCAGGCACGACUGAUUCAUGAUGGCUGGCAGUUGAAUGACGAACUAACUCUCAGACAUUACAACAUCACCUCCAACAGCAUUGUACACCACGUUCUUAGGUUGCGAGGCGGUGGUUCAGCUCCCUUAAAGGGCAAGGAAGAUGUCUCAGCCACAAGUGAUCAAGAACCAGAGGUGCAACAACAGGGUGGUUUACCUGGAAUUGCUUCAAGGAUAGAAAUGCAGAGUGGUUCAGCAGGUGUCUCUUCGAUUAUAGAAAUGAAGACCAGUCUGUCAGGCAUCACCUCAACAGGUGCAGAGGGAAUCCAGAAAUGGCCACAGUCAGAUGUCCCAGCAGAGGAGAGAAGCUGUCUCUGUGUGAGGCAGGAAUUUCAAGAAGUGAGGCCGGAGAUAGAUCCAUACAUUUUGGAGGAACAGAACGUAUACAAAGCUUGUCUCCCUGGACCAGGCAUCUUCCAGUGCUCUAAGACGGGCCUUGCCUUCGAGGUGGAGUCAGCAGCCAGCAUCGUGUACAGAUAUGCCUCCUGGAGCACGCAUCUGAAAGAGGCUGACCAGAAUGUGUGGGUACCUGCUGGGCCUCUUUUCAACAUCUGGGCGCUACCUGGAACCGUGCGAGCUGUGUAUCUCCCCCAC